UUGCCUCAGUUGUCAUUCUACAUAUCGUAUUUUCCCAGUUGUCAAUAAUAAAUGAUAUUUUGUCAUCGGAGUUCUGUCAGUGCAUACGAGUGACUCAAAGGCAAUAAAAAUUGAUACAAUGGGCGACGGCAAGCAGGGCGAACGUCAGCCCUUGUUAACAAAUGAAAAUAUUGCCUACAGCAGUACUGCCACUGAUAUAACAGCUGCAGCUGAAUCAGCGGUCAACACAGUAUCCCCAAUCGGGCCUGAUGAGUUACCGCCACCCUACCAAUCCUCUACCCCAAGUGGGAUUCCGAUGGUCACAUGCAGAGUUUGUCAAGCUAUGAUCGAUAUUUCUGGCAAGCGAGAUCAGCAUGUCGUCAAGUGUGGCCAGUGUAACGAAGCUACGCCAAUACGAAAUGCUCCACCUGGAAAAAAAUACGUACGUUGUCCUUGCAACUGCUUACUAAUAUGCAAGAGCUCGUCGCAGCGUAUUGCUUGUCCAAGACCAAAUUGUAAGCGGAUUAUCAAUUUGGCACCCUCUCCGGUAACUCCUCCAGUGCUUUCCAUGCCAGGAAUGUGUAGAGUUGGAUGUGGUCAUUGUCAUGAUACAUUUCUGUUCAACACCCUAAAUAAUGCCCUUGCUCGUUGCCCACACUGUCGUAAAGUAUCAUCAGUAGGUCCAGAUUUUGCACGAGGUCGAGGAAUAGUCUUCAUUGUAAUCGGAGUAAUUGCCCUAGUCGUUGGAAUCGCUGUCACACUGGGGACUUAUCAACUCGUCAGAACAAACGGUGGCAUCUAUGUGGCUUAUGUUGGUGCAUUUCUGGUGGCAUUACUCUGUUUUGGAAGAAGCAUCUAUUAUUGUACAAUGAAGAUUAGCCUGAUAGAAGGUCCAAUGUAGUACCGAAAUAUUCCUCAAAAGAAUCAACAGAUUCGUAUUCUUAUAAUAUUUUAAUGUCUAUAAUCAGUUUAGAUAAAGUAUAGCGAAUAAUGUUCCGACACGCUCUCAUUAUACAAAUACAAUAGUAUAUCUAUACAUAUUAUUAUACCUGCAUACUUACAGUAACCUUUUGCAUAAAUAACAUCACUAUCCUAAUGAUAUUAUAAUUUAUUGUGUAAAAAGAAAUUGGACCGAGAAGAAGCAUGCAAAAUAAGAAAAGAGCAAUUAAAACAUUUUGUAAAAUAUAUAUUAAACUCAGAUGAACGUAUCAA